UUCAGGAGGGUCUCAGGAUCAAAAUGAAGGAUUUACAGAAUACACUUGAAGACUAUGAACAAGUAAAACUCAGUUGUGACCACACUGCAGAGUACAUUAAGGUUCAGUCCAAUAACACGGAGAAGCAGAUCAAGGAAGACUUUGAGAAGCUUCACCAGUUUCUUCGAGAUGAAGAGGCAGCCAGGAUAUCUGCACUGUGGAAGGAGGAAGGUCAGAAGAGUCGGAUGAUGAAGGAGAAGAUUGAGCAGAUGGUCAGAGAGAUCUCAUCUCUUUCGGACUCAAUCAGAGUUGUAGAGAAAAUGGGAGCUGAUGAUGUGUCAUUGCUGCAGAACUACAAGAGCACAUUGGAAAGGUGAGUGAUCUGCCUCCUGUUUCUCUCUUCUGGUUCUGAAUCCAAAGCCACAACGAC